GCUGCUCUGACCCCAUGGCCCCACUGGGGCCGCUUUGCACAGUCUGACUCGUUCAGGGAUCCCCUACUCACUGCAGGCUUUGCUGGUGCAGUAGAUGGAUGGCACCCAGAGGUUGGAGGAACCCGUGUCGAAUAUCACCGUGAAGUUCUGCGGUGGGGUCCCAAUGGAAAUCUGCCCAAAGUACUCCAUCUGGGAAAGGCAGAGCAGAGGCUGUUGUUGGCCACUGGAGCCUCAAAGCACCCUGGCUGUGUGUGGGGUGAAUAGGGAACAGUGUGAGGAUGGCUGCAUUGUGAAGCGUUUGUCUGCCUGGGCUGCAUUGUGCGGAGGGAAUAGAGAAGCCAAAUAUUUAAGGAACAGAAGUGCAAGCUGAAAACAAAGGCAGGAUGGUGGGUGUGGGCACGAGCCUCUUCCCGCAGGGCUGCAAGAUAGGGUCCCCUUGUACUUCCCAGCAUAGAGAUGCAAACAAUACACAGAGCUCUGGAGACCCCUUUUGCCUCUGCCCGUGCAUCCCUUGCGCAGAGGCCUUCUCUGCUGCUGCAGAUGGAGGGGGAUUUGGCUCCUGGGGCCUGGGUGGGUAGCACAGAACAAGCAGGGGGAGGGCUGGCAUCGAACACGCUGCCUUGUUUGUGCUCAGCAUCAUCUGCAGGAACAAAAGGAGCAGCCGGGCGCAGGCAGCCACCAUCCCAGGCAUGCUGCAGCUCGUUCCUUGCGCGGGAGCAGAUUUAUUUGAGAAGGAUUUGGGCGUUCAGGAGCACUCAUGCAGCACAGCAAUCUUUCAGGACGCUCCGGGCUGCCACCAACUCCACUGCACUCACAUCCAGGUAGUUGAUGAGGGGCUCGUUGGCUUCCCCGAAGAGAGAGCAGUCCUGUGUGUACUGCACCAUGUCCAGCCUGUGGGCCUUCCAGAACUGGGAGAGCUGCCCACGGUCCCGCAGCGACUUCCGCAGGGAGCGGUGCCGCGUCAGGGUCACCCUGCAGAGCACGGGUCUGCAUCACUGCAUGGGCACAGGGCUCGGGAUGCUGCAGUCCCUGCGCCUCUGCACCCACCCCAAGCAUCUCCCAGUGCUGAUGCAACCCUCAGCUGCGUCCUCACCUCCUGUGUGGGAGAUAGCAGCGCUUCCCCCCCCCUGGGAAACCCCCAGCACCCUGCGAUCCCCUUUACCUCUUCAAGCCGCUGCAUGGAGCGAGGCAGAGCACGGCGAGGAGGAGGAGGAGGAGGAGGAGAAGGCUGUGCAUGGCGGCGGUGCAGGGCUGCACGGCGAGGUGGUUCUUAUACCAACAGGUACACCCUCGCCCCGCGCUAUCAGCGAUAACGCCCCUCUCCGUGUCAACACUGGGCUUUGGCUGUGGCAAUGAAUCACUGGGCACCUCUCGGUCAGGUCAGAGAGCCGGGUUGCUGGGGAGGACGAGGGGCUGGGCCACGUGGGGCUGUACGUGGGGUGGGUAAUGGGGGACCUGUGGGCACCCCCGCUGUUUUUUUCCUCCCCAUCCCUGUUUUUUUUGCUGGGGUUGCAGGAAGGGGACGUUCAGAUGGUGCCGAGCUGCCUCAAAAAGGCAAAGAUCUCAUUAGCCUUGAUGAGCUGCUCAGGAAUCUGCAGCUUUGCUUUUUGUCAUCGAAGCACGGGAUUGGCAAAAGCUGCUUUGCUUUAGGAACAGUUACAUGUUGCCUUACAGCCACUGAUGGGUUCUUCCCCAGUGGUUUCUGUUUAAUACUGGACAGUCAUCUCAUUAAGCAUCUGAGAAUGCAAAUAAAGGAUGCUAAUGAACAAACACAACUCCUAUCUGCUGCUGAGGCUUUGUCUUCCUGUGGUUGUUUCCCAUGUUUGUGGCCCUGCAACAACUGAUGAUGGAUGCCACGAGGAGAGAUGUGAGCAGCACUCACGUUAUUAACAGCAUUUCUACCCCUAGCGCAGCGCUAAUCAAUUUCCCAUUUAUUGUGGUUAGACUGUUUUAUUUAAUCUUAUUUAAUUAAUGGCAAAGCAACCGGCACUGAGGGGUCCGUAAAUGCACAGCAGUCACCUGGAAUGCUCUGCAAUGGGAUGGAUGGGUGGUUCUGCUAACAUUGGGCUGGAUCCCAGGCCAGGAGCAGAUCCUCUGUGUGUCCCCACAUCCCUGCACCCAGGCUGGCAGCUGCAGCCUUUCCACUGAGCAGCCCUUGCACAAAGUCACCCCUAUCAUAUUUUAAACACUGUUUCAUACAUCUUUCCCUACAGUUCCAUGCAUCCUCCUUCCUUGUCCCAGUAAUAUGUGGGAUGUAAAAGGAUUAGAAAAAAAGCAACCCUUCCUAUAAGGAAAAUAAUUGCAGCAAGGGGAGGAUCAGCCAAAAGCCAUCCGCAGCCGAGGAGGCACAGCAGCACAUCCACUGCUCCAGAUGUGACUUAUCCACUGGAAAUCCCAUAAUAAACCCCUCCUGCCCUCAGGCUGUGUGCUGGGGAGCAUGGGCUGAGUGCUCCACGUUUGGCACUGGAAAAGAUCCCUUCUUGGGUCAGAGCUGGAAUGGCCACAGGGAACAGGGAUGCGCUGUGGAUGGGAAGCGACCUCCCCUCAGCUCCAUUUAUGGCACCUGACUCAUUACAAGAAAGCUGCUCUCAAGCUAAAAAUAGGUUAUCUGCAUUCUUUUUUCUUCUCUGUAUUUCCUUUCCUUCAGCCACUUCCACUAUUAGCAACCAGUGAUUCACAUCGUACCCGAGCAUCACCUUCUGAAAAGCCUUUUUGCUCUGAUUAUCAAAUCCAUCUCCCACCUGCUAAUCUGUUUGCAUAUCACAGAAAGAGUAAAACCCUGUAACAGCAGCGCUGAAAAAAAUAAAUAUUUUUAUUUCGGAGAGCGAUAAACAACCAAACUCCAGCUAAAUAUUUACCCACAACAGCAGCAGCUGAUGGGUGAAGGCUGAGACCCAAUGGAAUCACCCAACAGCUCUUGGAAGCCCAGCUCAACCUCCUCACCUGCUGGUGAUGGGGCUCAUGGGGGCUCACAUGGAGCAUUUACCCCCAGAGCUGUUCUGUGUGCCCUGCUUGCAGUGGAGCAACAUUUUCUCCCUGUGUUAAAGCUGCCCAUGGGAGCACAUGGUGCAGUUGGCCGGUGGGAGCUGUGUGGGGCUGCAGCUUUCCCAGCCUAGGGCCCAACCUACAGCAGAGAAACACCCCAAAAUAUUUAAAUGAGUGAAUGCAAGCGUCAUGGAACCCGGUGCCAUCACUUCUGGGGGCAAAGCGAGACCGCAUCCGGCGCCCAGUCAGUGAGCACUGCUGCACCAGCUGCAGUCAAACAUCCACCAAAAAUGCUCCAGAAACAUCCCUGACCUCUGCAGAGCAUCCCAUCCAUUUGCUCUGUGCCCCGAAGGCAGGACGGACACACGGAGGUCUCUGCACCCCAGGUAACACCCAAUGGGCGCCCAACGUGCCGCGCUCCGUGUGGUGAUGGGCAGCACAGGGCUGUGCUGGGGCUGUGCUGUGCUCUGUGCUGUGCUGAGCUCUAUAGCUAAAACUAAGUGCUGAGGUCAGGCAGGAAUAGGUUUGAAGUCAUCUGGGGCAACGCCGUGGGUUUGCUUACCUUCAGAUUGAGCGCAGACAUCUUGCACUCGCAGCUCAACCAGCCGAGCGCUCUACAAACCUUGAGUGCAAUGGGGCAUCUUGCUAUAGAUGGGGUUAAUACCCUGGGGGUGGGCAGGAGGGGGCUCACAGCCCCUGAGACACCAAAAAAGUACAUGUGCUGCAGCCCUUAUCUGCAAAAUAGGUAUUUCAAGGCGCAUCUGUGCGUAAUCUCUUCCAUCUCAAUGCACCCCAGCAAAGAAGCUGCUUGCUGCUGGUGUUUGGGUUUGGGUCCUGCUUUGCUGUUUCCUUCUAAGCAGUUCAAUUCUCAGAUUGCUAUCUGCUGCUGCAGCAAUCUCCUGCACCAAAAUAGGAAAUGAGCCACUCAAACGGCGGCCAUUUGAGGAGGAUAUUUGGGGUGAGCUCAGAUCAAUAAGGAAGGGGGAAAGUCCUGGCAAGACAUGGACUCCUAGCUCAGCAGGUGCCCAAGGGUUGGGUAAGUGGAACGGUGCAGGGGAACGAUGCCAUUGUGAUGCUUUACUCUUGGAAAUACAUCUUUGGGCUUUUGGCCCAUGGGAUGGAUGGGCCUUGGCUCCGUCGAUCUGCGUUUAUCGCUCACAUCAUUAUGGCUCCUUUAAUCACCAUCUCUAAGCUUUAGCUGAAGAUACCUCUGCACGAAAACUGAGGGCACUUUUUUGUGAGUGAGCACUCACGAAAUGAAGGCUCUUGGUUGCUGUCCUUCAUUAUAAAUCCCCAAGCAGUACAGCCAAAAAUCUCAAGCCAAGGAGCCCGCUUCAGGCACACGUAUCAUCUGCAGUGCUUUAAGUCCUGACAGCUUCAGCAGGAUUGAGGCACUCACCUACAAUGAAAUCCGAGGUGUUUCAAGCGCAGUUAAAGGGAAGUGCAUGCCUCCAUUUGCAAUGGGAUUGGAGCAAAUGAUUUCCUGCAGCACUUGGAAAAUCCUCUCCCAGGUGCCCGGCGGGCGGCAGUGAAGCAUCAAGCACAGCUUUGCCUGUUGGUUACUUUCUCCUACGAUUUAUUUUUGCCUCCAGAUGAGAGUUAUUGAGUAUUUUUUUGUGGAUUAAAAGAAAAAAAAAAAGUGAAGAAAUGUGAAAGAGGAUUAAAGAAAGGAGGAUGCACUGCAGCUGGUGGCAAUGGCGCUGUUAUCAGCCCUAAAGCUCCGUGCUGGGAGCAGAUAGAGAUGAGGGGAUGAGGGCAGGGGAAAGGCUGAGCAUAGGGGUGUGUGGGGCUGCCUGUGUCUGUCUGUCUGUCUCCAGGAACCUCAGGGACGUUGCUGGCACCACAGUGACGACGGAGAUGGAGCACUGUGAGUGGUGGGUGCCUGUUGCCACCUCAGCUGUGACCCUGCUGCUCAGCUCUCUGCUCCUGCUGCUGCUUUACAUCAUGCUCAGCAGGAAAAUAGACAGGCACUGCUGCAGCGCACAGGUGAGCAGUGGUCCCAUAGCACAGCCCCAGCAACCACCCAUCUCUUCAGCUGGAGGGGAAGGGGUGCAGCAACCAAAGUAUACGGAAGGGAGCAGCGAGACGUCUUCAGAGACCUCAGAGGACUCGGACAGCAGCUCUGUGCACCCACAGGAAAGGAAAACCCGCUCAAAGGAAAACCUCAACUACACAUCUGUGCUGUUCCCGGGGAAAGGCCAGGGGUCAGGCUCUGAUAGGAACUACGAGAACAUAAAGAUGGGCGCUGAUUACGUCAACGUGGACCCAAAAAAGAAGAAAGCAGAGUUUUGGACCUGCUCCAGCCCUGUGGCAUCCAAGUCCAUCGAGUACACAGAGGUGAAGCUGUGACACUUCCCUGGGGUCCCACAGCAGCCACCACUCUGUGCCCAGGUCACUGCUGGCACAGGGCUGCUGCCAUUCCCUGGGAUGGUGCAGCUCCCCCAGGGAUCUUUCGGGGUCGGAGGCUGCGGGUGUGGGGUGAUGUGGGGCUGCCCCACACCUCCCUGUGGGGAAACGCUCCUUCUCAGACUGCCACAAGCUCUGCACGUGUGUGUGAAUGCCGUUUUCUCAUCUUGUGAAAGCAAAUGCUCCCCCAGCAGGAUUUGGGUAAGAGAGGGAAAUGCAAUCAUUUCCAAACCAUCCCUCCAUUGGGCUGACAUAUCCUGUGAAUAAUGCUUCCUUCGCUGAUGGCUGUCAUAAAAACCUUUUAAAUACACUCCAUCCACUGGCUUCACCCUUCCUGCCCUCACACUGAUCCCUCCUCUCUGCAGCCCAUUUUCCUCUGAUGCUGAACCCCCUCAGGGCCCCAUCAGCCCAUCACCUGGCACUGGGGUGGGCACUGUGGGCAUUGCCUUUCUCAGCUGCUGGAGAUGACUGGGGCUCUAAAUCUCUGGAUGUGGAAGAAGCAGGAUGGGACUACGGCAUCUGUGCAUGACUAAAUCCCUGCAUUGCAUUUUCCCUGCCCUCCACCUUCCCUGCAGCAAACGUGUGGGGUGCAGGAGGUGAUCUUCCCCACCUGAGCUGUGCCCAUCCCAGGGUGAGUGUGGCUCCCACCUCAGUUGGAGCUCAGUGUGACCGACUGUGGCUCACCUGGGAUGCUGCAGGGACAACACGAAGAAAUCCCACUGCCUCCAGGUCCUGUGCCCUGCAGGUGCUCUGCUCCUCGCUAAAUAAGACAAAAGAAGCAGCAGCGAUUUGAGAACAGUUCUUUAAUGUGCAGCAGCUGUUUAGCAGUGCAGAGCAGCACUGUGCAAUGGCUGCUGACUGCAGGAAGAAGAAACCUGGUGGGAGGGAGGCAGGAUCUGCCUGAAUGAGGUGGAGGUGGGCCAGGGCUCUUCCAGGCAUCUCCUCAGUGAUGUCCGUGCUGCAUUUGGGGUGCUUGUACUACUGCACUGCAGUACUGCGGAGGGGAAAUACCUGGUGCAGUGCAAUGCUGCAGAGAGCAAUGCAAUGCAGUGCAAUGCAAUGCAAUGCAACGGUCGUGUCUGCUGCAGCCCUGGGGACGUGCAGAGCCACAGGGCAGGGGGAAGCCAUUUGCAUUGGCUGCUCCACCAGCAAAACCAUGAGGCUGGGAGAUGGCAGUGUGACUACAAGGAGCUCUCAAGCAGAUGUGGCUGCAAUGCCUCCUGCUGUGCUCAGACUGCUUUGCUGGCAGCUGUCAAACACCCAAAACUCUCAUAAAAGGGUCUUUCUUAAAAGAUGUGCUGAUGCAGCAUCCCCAUCAGAUGCCUGGGUAAUGAGCACGGAGGGGAGCAGGGUGGUGGAUGGGGAUGCAUCACAGUGCAUGGAGAGGUGAAAGCUGCACAUGGUGGUGGGCUGCCUCCAUCUCCUGAUGCACACAGCAGAUGCAGCUCAUGCAGCAGCAAAAUCCACGAGGACAAGAAGGCUGGUGAUACAUUCUGGGUGAAGCACACAGCUCCUGGUGAAACGCAAUGCUACCAGGAGGGGAGACAGUCCUGCCUGCCAUUGUCCAC